AUGGCUCGCGUCUUUUUGCUGUGAAGCACACCCAUCUGGAGGACCGUUAUCUCGGGCGGUGCCGAGUUAAAAUGGUCGAUACACAACCAAACAGGCACCCGGAAACUCUUUUUUAAAGUUGCGAACAUCCUCCCUAAAAAACAACCCGCUUUCAACAUCCCGUCUUAGUGGUCAGUUCUGCCUGCUGAUCAGAAGUUAACCUGAGGCCAUGGCACUGAAGGACCGAGUAGAGGCGGUGCUCAACGUGGGUCUGCGUGUUCCCAGCAUCAUGCUGCUUGACGUUUUGUACCGCUGGGAUGUAAGCUCUUUCUUCCAGAAAAUCCAGCGCUCCAGCCUUUCCAACAAUCCUCUGUUUCAGUACAAAUAUCUGGCACUCUACUUGCACUACGUAGGCUACAUCCUGAGUUUGGUGCUUCUGACUCUGCCUAGACAGCACCUGGUUAAGCUCUACUUGUAUGUUCUCACGGCCCUUCUGCUCUUUGCUGGUCAUCAAGUGUCAAGAGAUUAUGUUCGCAGUGAACUGGAUUCAGGCUUUGAAGGACCUGUCUACGUGGAGCCUCUCUCUAUGAACAGAUUUACCACUGCACUUAUAGGUCAGCUGGUGGUGUGUACGCUGUGCUCCUGUGUGAUGCAGACUAAAAGGAUUUGGCUUUUUUCUGCUCACUUUCUUCCCCUGGUGGCUAGGCUCUGUCUGGUCCCACUGGAGACCAUUGUCUUCAUCAAUAGGUUCUCCAUGAUCUUCACGGGCCUGGAGGUCAUUUACUUCCUGGCUACAAACUUACUCGUACCAUAUAACUUGGCCAAGACUGCCUACAGAGAGCUGGCUCAGGUGGUAGAAGUGUAUGGCCUGCUUGCUUUAGGCAUGUCUCUGUGGAACCAGCUGGUUCUUCCAGUUCUCUUCAUGUGUUUCUGGCUCGUGCUCUUUGCUCUGCAGAUCUACACCUACUUCAGCACCAGAGACCAGCCUACCUCAAGGGAGAGGCUUCUUUUCCUCUUUCUUACAAGUGUUGCAGAAUGUUGUAGUACUCCAUACUCCUUGCUGGGUCUGGUUUUCACCGUCUCCUUCAUUGCGCUGGGAGUUCUCACUCUGUGCAAGUUCUACCUGCAAGGUUACAGAGCCUUUAUGAAUGACAACACCAUGCACAGAGGGAUGACUGAAGGCAUCACCCUGCUUAUUCUUGCUGUGCAAACGGGUCUGAUAGAGCUGCAGGUCAUCCACCGAGCCUUCCUCCUUUCCAUCAUCCUCUUCAUCGUGGUUGCUUCCAUUCUGCAGUCCAUGCUGGAGAUUGCUGACCCGAUAGUCCUAGCACUGGGAGCGUCCAGAGACAAGAGCUUAUGGAAGCACUUUCGAGCGGUGUCUCUUUGCCUCUUUCUGCUGAUCUUUCCAGCCUACAUGUCUUACAUGAUCUGUCAGUUCUUCCACAUGGACUUCUGGCUUCUCAUCAUCAUCUCAUCAUCAAUCCUGACCUCGCUGCAGGUCCUCGGUACUCUCCUCAUCUACGUCCUCUUCAUGGUGGAGGAGUUUCGUAAAUCUCCAGUGGAGAACAUGGAUGAGGUCAUCUACUGUGUGAAUGGGACCUACAGACUGCUAGAGUUUCUGGUUGCGGUGUGCGUGGUUUGUUAUGGCAUAUCAGAAACUGUAUUUGGGGAGUGGAGCGUCAUGGGCAGCACCAUCAUUCUGGUCCAUUCAUACUAUAACGUCUGGCUCAGAGCCCAGCUGGGCUGGCAGAGCUUCCUGCUCAGGAGAGAUGCUGUCAACAAAAUCAAAAGCCUCCCAACUGCAAGUAACGCACAGCUGGAGCAGUACAAUGACAUCUGUGCCAUCUGUUUCCAGGACAUGAACAGUGCUGUGAUCACUCCGUGCAGUCAUUUCUUCCAUGCUGGCUGUUUGAAGAAAUGGCUGUAUGUCCAGGAAACUUGUCCACUUUGUCACGCGCAGCUCAAGAGCCAAUCACCAUCCACCAGUGUUUCUAACCAAGACGUCCCUGAAGCCAAUCAGAACCCUGCAGGACAGGAAGGCCCCUCAGCAGACAACAAGGACACGGGCGGGACUCUUACAGAUGAUGUGAAAGAGGAAGGGUUGGUGGUGCAACAGGAAGAUGACAUACCAGCUUCAACAGCGGGAGAAACCUCUUACUCCAGCACACACUCUGCCCCACUGCAACUUGUCAGGCCCCCAUCAUCAUCAUCCUCAUCUUGUUCCUCUUCUUCACUCGUGGCUGAUUCUCUAGAGAAUCGGUUGCAAACAGAUGGUCCCUCCUCACCUGCCUCUUCCAACCCUGGCACAUCUGAUACGCCGUCUCGCCACCACUCGCCCUCACAGGAACUGGCCCCUGCUGAGCCUGAGCCUGCCCCACAUCCAGACCCAGUGGACGUCCAGGAGUCCUCCACUGAUCCACCAUCACACUCUCACCAGCAAAGCUGCUUCUAAGGAACACUCGUGUCCGCACAGCCUCUGAGGUCCACAGCAACGUGUGCAACACAUAUGCAUGCUCUUACAAAGACUUCGUCUGAAUCUCUCUAUAUUCACCUGUCCAGCUUUUAGUUCUCCUCCUGUGUGAAGUCCUGCUCCUUCAUAGCUCGUCUGAGAGGAAACCAAACACAAAGAAGGUUACAGUUUCAACAAACGUUGGUACCUUUUUAGAUAACGGUCAUGAAGGAGUCCUCGAAAUGCGUCCCAUUGAUUCAUACUAGCAGUGAUAUUUAUCAUACAUUAGUUUUGUAU